AUGGGACUUAUUUGUGCAAAGGAUAAAACUAACAAGAUUGUCAUCAUAUAAAAUCCAAAACAUAUUAAUGAAACUACUCCUCAUGCCCCUCCUAAAAUUAUCAAUACAUAUAAAUAUGUAGGUGAAGAGUUUCAAUAAGAAAUCGAAAAAAAUGAUCUAGCUUAUUCUUAGAAACAAUCAAAAUGGAAUUAAUAUUAUUAAAAGGAAAAUGAACAUAUAAAUGAGACUUAUUUGGCUUUAUAAUAACAGAUUAAUGAAGAUGAUUAAUAUAAAGAGCUCAAAAUCAAUUCCAGAAAACAUUUCUCUUAAAAAAACUUAGAGUCUCUAGUUUAAGAACUAGGUGGCCCGUUAAAAUUGACAAACAAAGAUAUUAUAUAUACCUAUCUUCUAAAAGAAACCAAUAAAGAAGAUUUCUAAAAUAUUCUUAUGGAUGGAGCUAUAUCCAAAUACAGAUGGAACUUUUGGAUGGCAUAAGUCUACAGAAACAGAGAUUAUGAUCCUCAUCUUUAUUAAAAGUUAAAAAAUCAAACUAUUUCUCAAAAAGUUUAAAAUGAUAUUACUAAAGAUAUUAAUAGAACCUUUUCCUCUCAUGAUCACUUUAAAGAUAGUAAUUUAGGUUAAUAAUAGUUAUUUUCUAUUCUCAAAGCCCUUUCCAUACAAAAUGAGGAUAUUGGGUAUGUAUAAGGAAUGAACUAUAUAGUUGGAUUCUCUUUAAUUGUUAGCGGAGGUAAAGAAGAAGAAGUCUUUUGGCUCAUUCAUUUCAUUAAUACUAAUCAUCUCUUUUUAUGGUGGGAGAUCUUUCGAGUUCAUUUUAAAUACACUAAAGCACUAUGUUAAGUGUUCUUAUAAAAUUUUAAUGAAAAUCUUCCAGGACUUUUUUAGCAUUUCUAAGAGGAAGGAAUUAAUGAUUAAUAAUACAUUUGGUAAUGGAUUUUAACUCAGUUUUUAUAUACAUUCCCUAUUGAUAGUGUGAUUUUUUUUUGGGAUUUUAUUUUGGCGACUAAUAUCUUUUCAAUCAUUAAAAUUAGUAUUGCUUUUCUUAAAGAAUUUGGAUAUGAUCUAAUCGAAAAAGAUUUUGGUUAAAUCUCAGAAUUUUUGACAGGCGUCAUUAAAGAUCAAUUAUAAUUUGAUGUUUCCAAAAUAAUAAACGAUGCCAAAUAGAUAGUUAUAGUUAUGACUGAUGAUUAAAAAACAUUCUUUUAAAAUUAUUAACCUUAAUUAUCUACUUGA